AUGCCAAGGGACUUGACACUCGAAUUAGCAUCCAUACGUGAUGGAAAAGUAUCAAUUGAACAUCAAAUAGACAUUCACGUAAACGAUUUAUUUGGCGUCCAAAACAAUUCACAACUGUCCCUUGACGAUGUCUUGUGCGGACUUCACUAUGUCAUGGAUUACCGUCUCAAGGGCGGCAGGCUUCCCAAUCUUGACGCCGAUCUUAUGAAACGCCUCUGUAAAGGUUUACUUUUCAAUAUGAGGUAUACCGAAGGGGGUUUAUUAAAGAGGAAACUUACUGCUGAGGCUCAAGACGCGUUUAUUCUGUUCGGAGAAUUUCUCGAAGAAGUUGAAGAAUUUCGCCAAGCGGUAGCUCAGGAGCAUGUAUCUGAUCUCUGCAACGCUCUUAGACUUCAUCGUCGAUGCCGUAACGACGCACCGCCGGAAGUAAAGCAAGCUGCUAUAGCUAUCAUACACAUGUUAACCGAGUGGUUUCCACAAUUUUCGGACUGGCACGAAUUUGUCAAAGAGGACGACCAUAGCGAUGUAGAGAAAGUGAUGAAAGGAUCAAAAAGUACAAUUAAAAAGCCAUUAAUGCCUGUUUUUCAGGGAGCUCUAUAUCCUCCUCCUUGUGAGUAUGUUCGGGUAUUUAACAAGACGGCGCAUAGGCUACGCCUCGAUACCACCUCCGUAGAAGAACGAUAUAAACAUUAUGGUCCCAACAAACUUCCCGAACCACCCAAACCGUCUAUCAUAAAAAUGCUACUCCAUCAAUUGACCGAUUUUAUGGUUUUAAUUCUAUUGGCUGCUUGUAUUGUCACUGCUGCCGAGAAAGACUUUAAAGCAAUGGCAGUGUUGCUGACGGUAAUUGUGUUGAACACAGUAAUUGGAUUUACACAAGAGUAUAAAGCUAAUAAAGCAUUGGAAGCGUUAAAAAGAUUGAAUGUGUCUCAGGCUCAAGUAAUUAGAGAUGGUCAGAAAAAGGUCGUUAACUCAUCCGAAUUGGUACCAGGAGACAUUGUUAUACUGGAAGAAGGUGAUGCUGUACCUGCCGACGUUCGCAUUGUUGAAGCAGCGUCUUUUGAAGUAGUUGAAUCAAUUCUUACCGGCGAGAGCGUGCCUGUGAUGAAGAACACUAACAAGGUUUGGACCAAGACAAGACACCUUCCAUUGGCUGAUUGUAAAGGAAAUGCAUUCAUGUCUACAAUGGUUGCUAAGGGGCGAGCCAAAGGCCUUGUAGUUAGAACAGGAAAUAACACAGAGAUUGGUAAAAUCAGUGCAGCAAUAACUUCAGUACCGAAUGUUCAAACUCCAAUUCAACGGAAGCUUACAACCCUGGGAAAGUGGCUUGUUGUAUUAGCAAUAUUGCUCUGUGCGCUUGUGGUCUUGAUUGGACUUGCUUAUAAGCGAGAUAAAAAGGAUACAAUAAAUAUCGGCAUUAGUUUGGCAGUAUCCGUAAUUCCAGAAGGUCUUGUAGCAGUAACAACGGUAACAAUGGCAAUUGGUGUACGUCGCAUGGCAGCUCGCAACGCUAUUGUCCGUACUCUCCCUGCUGUUGAAACGCUAGGUAGUGUCACCGUAAUCUGUUCAGAUAAGACUGGAACCCUAACCGAAGGCAAAAUGGGUCCUACCGAAUUAUGGACUGCUGAUGGCUCACUUUACCGUUUCACCGAACCGACCUCGCUCGAUCCAAGCCACGGCCGAAUGUUGCGCGCUUCGAGAGAAUACAAACAGCAAUUAAAUAGAAGUGUCUCCAGUCUUACUCUAACGGAAAGUAUAACUGUAAAGAAGGAAGCUUAUGAAGAAGAUAAUCUCCAAGAAGUAUCCAGGGAUAUGAAGGAGGCACCUGCAUCGGCUGUUACCGCUUUGAUGAUUGCAACAUUAUGUAACAACGCAUCUGUCGUUACUGAUGACACUAAAAGCAGUGGCUAUAAGGGGAUUGGAGAUCCAACUGAGGUAGCCCUUGUAAUUGCGGCACAAAAAGGCGGCUUUCCAAAAGACUAUUGGGAGAAACAGAAAGGAUUCAAAAAGAUUCAUGAGAAACCGUUCGAUAGCGAGCGUAAACUCAUGAGUGUUGCCUAUGAAGUACCGAAAUCCAUCUAUACAGAUGUCGAAGCUGACAUUGCUCCUAACCAUAAACCAAUCAUAGUGUUGGCAAAAGGAGCACCCGAGGAACUGCUUCAAAAAUGUACAGACCGCUUACCUGCCUCAACUUCCUCACCUGGGCCGGCUGUUAGCAUUCAACCGAUUCCGUUAGAUGAUUCUUUCGGUGAUCUAGUGUCAGACCAAAGCUCCCGUAUGGCUACAAAAGGUCUUCGCGUUCUUGGAUUGGCAUACAAGAGAGUUACCGUACUUGAUGAGGAUUCUUUGUCAUCAGGUGAUACACAGAAGGAUGAUCCACAAAAAGAUGCUAUUACUACAGUAACUGAUGUCGAAAUGGUUGAGCCUGUUGCUAAUCCUGCAUUCGCGGAAAGUGGAUUGACGUUCGUUGGAUUGAUUGGGUUAAUCGAUCCGCCUAGGAAAGGUGUUGCCGAGUCUAUUGCCAAGUGUAAGAAUGCUGGGAUUAAGGUUAUUAUGAUCACUGGAGAUCACGCUGCUACUGCUACGGCUAUAGCUACUGACAUUGGUAUUUGUGAAUCUGGUGUGCUCAACAUGAAUCGCACAAUACGAGGGGCUGAAUUAGAUCUAUUGUCUGAUGAAGCUAUAGCUGAAUUAAAGCCUUUCCCUAACGUAUUUGCACGUGUCAGUCCUGAUAACAAGUUGAAAAUUGUUAAAGCAUUGCAAGCACUUGGAAACUCGGUUGCGAUGACGGGAGACGGCGUCAACGAUGCACCUGCUAUCAAGGCUGCUGAUGUCGGUGUAGCUAUGGGCAUAGGAGGAACAGAGAUUACCAAACAGGCUGCAGAUAUUGUUCUAUCCAACGAUGACUUUUCGACAAUAGUAGCAGCCGUUGAAGAAGGAAGACAAGUUUUCGAUAAUAUUCUAAAAUUUAUAGUCUAUUUAUUGAGUUGUAAUGGAGCUGAAAUAGUUUUAAUGAUUCUGUGUGCCAUUAUUAAUAUUGAUUUGCCAUUUACGACUAUUAUGAUUCUCUGGGCCAAUAUAAUUGCUGAUAUCCCACCCGCGAUGUCGCUUGGUGUCGAACCAGCGGAAAACGAUAUAAUGAAAAGACGCCCUCGUAAGCCUAAAUCUCCUGUGGUCAGCAAGAUAGUAACAUUGAUGAUCAUAGCCCAGGCGUUUGCGUUGGCUCUGUUAACAUUUGGCAUAUAUAAAAUCGCACUGGUUUUCGAACACAUGCCUUUGUCGGAUGCCAGAUCAUUGGCAUUUGCUACUCUGACAACACUGCAACUAUUCCAAGGCUUUUUGUCCAGAACGAUCAAUGAAAGUGUAUUCAAAACUGGUGUCUUGGGAAAUAAGUGGAUGAUUGCAAGUGUGAUAGGAUCUUGGGGCUUAUUAGUUCUUGGAAUAUACACUCCAGGAUUAAGACAAUGGCUUUCGCUUACCCCAGUACCCAUAUUAGGAUGGGGUAAAAUAGUAAUAUGUUCUGUAAUACUAUUAUUAUUAAGCGAAACACUCAAAGUAAUUGCUAGACGCGUCAGAGACAGGUCAAAUCGAGCUCCAACAGAAAAGGUGUAG